GGUUUUUUGGAGUGCUGAGGUUUGUUUGGAUAAGAAAGGCGUCGGUAACCUAUGGACAAGGCAGGGAAGUUCUCUGGCCUUUCUUCGAAUCACCGUCGUGAGAAUUGUCAUCAAAGUCAAUAAGAACCAAAACAAUAUGGCCGUCUUCUUCCAAUGAGAGGGGAGAGAUAGACAGCUAUCUGCUCACGCAUGAAACUCGAUUGCAAUCAAUCAUUGUGCUCUUGCCAUUUCAAAAAGUCAGCAUGUUUCCGAGGGUGUUGCCCAGGUUUCGCUCCAUGCAGAUUAGAUCUUUUAGCAACACAACACCACGACCAGAAAUCUUAGAUGUCACAAGUUUGCCGGAUAAGAUCGUUCCUCGAUAUCAUCGGUCACAAGAGAGCGAUCUCCUUUCUUUACAAUGGCCCUCGCCACCUCGAAACCUUUUAAUCAUAAAGAAGGAUCGUUCCCCAACCGUUGCUGAGGCUCUCCUUGAAUAUGUCAAACAUAUACACUCAAACUACAACAACACAUCUCUCAUAUUCGAGCGAAAGGUGGCCGAGAGUAUACACCAUUCUUUGCCAUUUCCAAUCUACAGUGCUGACCUUCCAUCCCUCUUCCCAUCUAAAGUUGAUAUGGUAACAACACUCGGUGGAGAUGGAACAAUUUUACAUGCAUCUUCUCUUUUCAGCACUACUCGUCAUGUUCCUCCAAUUCUUUCCUUUAGUAUGGGUACUCUAGGGUUCUUGGGCGAGUGGAAGUUUGCUGAAUAUAAACGAGCCUUUCGAGAAGUCUACAUGUCGGGUGCUGCUGCUGGAUCUCACCUCUUUCAAGAUGAGAUGCAUCCUCACAUCCAAACAUCUACUUCAGACAAGAUUGACGAUCUGUCUGGCUGGUCGAGCAUGAGAGGCAAGUCCAUGGGAUCAACAAGGAGUUCCAAAGUGCUUCUCAGAAAUAGAUUGAAGGUAGAGGUCUUUGACGCUAAUGGAAAAAGCGCUCACGAGAGUGCAGCAGGCGAUGUGCAUGCCAUGAAUGAAGUUAUUAUUCAUCGGGGGAAAGAAGCACAUUUAGCCAUUAUUGAAGUUUUUGUCAAUAAUCAAUUUUUGACUGAGGCUGUUGCAGAUGGUAUGAUCAUCUCCACACCAACAGGAAGUACGGCAUAUAGUUUGAGUUCUGGUGGCAGUAUCAUUCACCCCCUCGUCAGCAGCCUCCUUUUGACGCCGAUCUGUCCAAGAAGUCUUUCAUUUAGACCUCUUGUUGUACCUGCCAAUACACCAAUCAAACUUCGAUUAAGUGAUAAGAAUAGAGGAAGGGAAUUGGAAGUUAGUAUUGAUGGACAAAGAAGAAGUAUUGGAGUUGGCGUCGGUAUGGAGGUAAGAGUUCAAGGCGAGGAAAUGGUAAAAGGCAGCAGCGAGUGGGGUGGGGGCGUUCCUUGUGUUAUGAGAGGGGCCAAAAGUGGCAUGAAAGAUGACGACGGUUGGGUUGGAGGCUUGAAUGGGUUGCUGAAGUUCAACCAUCCUUUUGGCGAAGAAUAAUGUCCGAGAUCGAUUGAAUGGUGGAUAUCAAUUCUAUCACCAAGGCUGAUUCUAUCUCCUGUUUAUUCGUAACAUGAUAAUCAAGAGGGCAUCUUGAACCACGUUGCCUACAACCCGGACCAGCAACAAUAUUUGAGCCAUAUUUGAUUUCUAGCAGCCCCAGAAACCCUGCUAUUUUGUGAGUGGACAUUUUGUGUUUGUCAACAUCUCGAGACUAAGUCCAUGAAAAAUUCGACUUCAAAUAAGACGUAUGUAUUGAGGUUUGAGCAAUCUCUCCAAUUCUUUCACUAAAUACAAAAGUUUGUACAUUACGAAAUCAAGAAUAUAUGAGUCACUACGGAACUUUACAGAUCUCAUGGCUUUUCGAUUCAAUUUUUAUCUUGGUACGAUACAUGUAUCAUUGCAAGGAAUUUUGAAUCAUCAGAAGACUCUCUGCUUUAGGGAUUAUGGAAUAAUAGUCAUCCAGCCGCCAAUUUAUUCGUUGGGAAUGUAGUGGAACAUAAUUAAAUUGUUCGGUUGUAGCCCCCGGCACCUUCGGUUGAUUCCUGUUAUUGCCAUGCUAGCAACGGCGAUUGUGUAAGUGUCCCAACGACUUCAAAUCGUGACAUAUCCUCAUCACAUCUCCAAUUCUCGCUUCAGCCUCUUCGGUUUUCACCGAAGUCUAGUAUGUCGUUACAUAUCUACAUACAUACUUAUAGAACAUUUUUCGACCGCUCGAGUUACUUUGUUAAUUUAGUACACUUGAAUCUACCACGUUGCUGGCGCAUUUCAAACACCUAGUGUCGUUGUAAAAUCUAAGACUCUAAGGAUACAGCACGUUAGAUUUCCUCCCAUGUUGGUAACGCACACUAUCCUGUCAAGAUCAAAGACGAUCGGAUUUGGUUUCUGCGUGAUACAUGACCAAUUGAUGAAACA